CAAAUUCCUGCGUAGCGUUUGCUUUUCCUUUCUCCCACGGUCCUAAGAAAAAGCAAUUCCGAAGCUCGCCGAAACCUCACAGCCCGAGAUCAUCAAAGAGCCCCUCCCCCGCCAAACUUUUUGUGGGAGCUCAACAACGCAUCGCACCACAUCGACUUCCACCUCCUUCAACACCACAUCAAAUUUCACACUUUUAAUCAAACACUACUUUCAAUUGACAUUAAUUGACAAUUCUUCAAGAUGGGUCGCCAAUUCUUCGUCGGAGGAAAUUUCAAGAUGAAUGGCAAUAUCAAGACCAUUCGCGAUAUUGUCCACAACAUCAACCAAGCCAAGCUUGACCCUAACGUCGAGGUUGUCAUCGCCCCACCAUCCCUCUACCUCCUCCUUACCCGCGAACACCUCCGCAAAGGCCUUGAGGUCGCUGCCCAGAACGUCUUCGAUAAGCCGAAUGGCGCUUUCACUGGUGAGAUCUCAGUUGAUCAGCUGAAGGAGAGUGGAAUCACUUGGACGAUCUUGGGACAUUCGGAGAGGAGAGUCAUCCUUCAGGAAGAUGAUCAGUUCGUCGCGAGCAAGACCAAGGCGGCCAUCGACGGCGGAUUGGGUGUCAUUCUGUGCUGUGGUGAGAGCUUGGAGCAACGCGAGGCUGGCAAGACCAUCGAGGUUGUAACUACACAGCUCAAGGCCGUCGCCGAAAAGGUCAAGGACUGGUCCAAGAUCGUCGUCGCCUAUGAACCCAUCUGGGCCAUUGGCACCGGCAAGGUCGCUACCACCGAGCAAGCACAAGAAGUCCACGCUGCCAUCCGUGAAUGGAUGAAGAAAGAAGUCUCUUCCGAGGCGGCCGAGAACACCCGAAUCCUAUACGGAGGCAGUGUUACCGAGAAGAACUGCGGUGAGCUGGCGAAGCAGGCCGACAUCGACGGAUUCUUGGUCGGUGGUGCUAGCUUGAAGCCCGCAUUCGUCGACAUCAUCAACGCAAAGUCUGCAUGAAUCCAUGGCAGCGACGCUCGACUCUAAGGGGUUGACAUUGGGGAAAUGUGGAUGAGAAGCUGCAGGGCAAGCGAUAUCAAGACUAACAUUACCUGGCUCAAAAACCCACUUGAUAGACGAAAGAAGAAACAAAUGAAUAUCAUCCAUGUGCUU